GCCACGGCUAACAGCUCCGAAGACGAGCGAGCGACUGGACGCCGGGAUCUUGUUUUCGCCGCCACGUGUCAAGGCUGAGGAGCAAGUUGGGUUAAAUGGGAGCUACAUAGGGCCCCGGGGGCCGGAGCGGUGCCUCGGGGGCUGGCCGAGAGCUGUCUUCAGCACCUGGCCAUGGAGCUGCACGCGGCCCCGUAGAGCCGCCGGACCCUCUGCGCGCCGCAGCCCUCUUCCGUACUGAGAGAAGAAGUCCAGGUGAAGAAAAAAAACAUGCCUUUGUUUAGUAAAUCGCACAAAAACCCUGCUGAGAUUGUGAAAAUUCUGAAAGAAAACAUGGCCAUAUUGGAAAAACAAGAAAAAAAAACAGACAAGGCCUCAGAAGAAGUGUCGAAGUCCCUGCAAGCCAUGAAGGAGAUCCUGUGUGGAACCACGGACAAGGAGCCCCCCACGGAGCUCGUGGCCCAGCUGGCGCAGGAGCUCUACAACAGCGGCCUCCUGGUGACCCUCAUCGCCAACCUGCAGCUCAUAGAUUUCGAGGGCAAAAAGGAYGUUUCCCAGAUAUUUAACAACAUCUUGAGAAGACAAAUUGGCACCCGCAGCCCUACUGUGGAGUAUAUUAGUGCCCAUCCACACAUCCUGUUCAUGCUCCUGAAAGGGUACGAGAACCCGCUGGUCGCCUUGCGCUGCGGCAUCAUGCUCAGGGAGUGCGUGCGCCACGAGCCGCUGGCCAAGAGCGUCCUCUUCUCGGAGCAGUUCAGGGACUUCUUCAAAUACGUGGAGAUGUCGACGUUCGACAUCGCGUCCGAUGCCUUCGCCACGUUCAAGGACUUGCUAACAAGACACAAGUUAUUGGUAGCAGAUUUCCUGGAACAAAAUUAUGAUACCAUCUUUGAGGAUUAYGAAAAGCUCCUGCAUUCUGAGAAUUACGUGACCAAGAGACAAUCUUUGAAGCUGCUGGGUGAAUUGAUCCUGGACCGGCACAACUUUGCCAUCAUGACCAAAUACAUCAGCAAGCCAGAGAAUCUGAAGCUGAUGAUGAACCUGCUGCGAGACAAAAGCCCCAACAUUCAGUUCGAGGCGUUCCACGUGUUCAAGGUUUUUGUGGCCAGCCCGAACAAAACGCAGCCCAUCGUGGAGAUCCUGCUGAAGAACCAGCCCAAGCUCAUCGAGUUCCUGAGCAACUUCCAGAAGGAGAGGACGGAUGACGAGCAGUUCACCGACGAGAAGAACUACCUGAUAAAGCAGAUCCGGGACCUGAAGAAGCCGACGGCGUGAGGCUGCCCGUGCCCUCCCCUGGCACUGCUGUGCCCUGAGGGGCCCUCCGUGUCCCGGCCACGGCAGCGCUUGGGGGGYGCAGCGCGUGCCCCCUUCCUUGGGGCUUUGGUCCUAGGGGCAGGGAGCUGAGCCCCAAACUAAAAAAGUGGCUAGAAUAAUAAUAUAUGAUUUUUAAUCGUGGCUAUUUAUGGCAGUUUAGCACCUCUCUGUAUUAGGAGCCGCCCUGAGGCGUUUUCCUUUCUGCUCAAGGAGGGUGAAUCUAUUUUUGCUUAAGUUUUAUCGGCAAAGGCAGGUGCUGGGGAGGGCCUAGAGCAGUCCCUGAGAGCACYGAGCCCCUUUCUGUCCACCUCAGCUUUCCCUUGGGAAUGCCGAGCCCCUUUCCCUUCACUUUGGGUUUCCUUGACURUGAAAGAGCACGUCCAGCUCUGGAGUUAGCUGCACUUACAGACCAGGGACUUCAGUCCGCACCGCGGGACAUCAAAAAGCACUAGAGGUCACAUUUCCACUCUAUCUUUUUGCCUUCUUUCCCCUUCAAGUYGUCUUUUCCCCUAAGCUGAGGUUUUCUGCUUGGCCUGUGCCAGGGAAGCGGCUGGGGACGUGGCUCCGUGCAGCCGUUCCCUGUCUCGUGCCGGAGCGCAGAUGCUCCUGGCCCCGCUCCCAGGGCAGGUGGCUCCCGCAGCCACCCUGGCUCCUUCGCACGUGAAUUUGGGUUCUGCGAUGAGGAUUUAGGAGGAGAAGUGAUCAUAUUUAAGCUGAAGCCCUGUACUCCCAGGUGGGUUUCCCUUGGGAGGCUGAAGAGCUUUUUGGGGUGGUCCUUUGUUUUCUCAUAGGAAAUGAAAUGAAAUCAGUGUGAGGCUGUGGUAGGAAGGGAGUCUGAGAGCAGGGAAGUGUCUUGGAUCUGUUUUCCCAAAAGUCCAAGUUCUCCUGUGUGUUACUAGGCACUUAGUUACCUAGUGGAAAGUAGUGCUCCUGCUUCGAGGAAAAAGGUGAAAGGAAGGGAGCUGCAAGGCAGGAGACAACUCGUUUCUUCGUCAAACUGUUGUAUAUUAGGGCA